AGCUGGGAGGACUGCUGAAGUACGUGCGGCCCUUCCUGAACUCCAUCAGCAAGGCCAAGGCAGCUCGGCUGGUCCGCUCCCUGCUCGACCUCUUCCUGGACAUGGAGGCAGCCACAGGACAGGAGGUUGACCUGUGUUUAGAGUGUAUUGAAUGGGCCAAAUCUGAGAAGAGGACUUUCCUACGCCAGGCUCUGGAGGCGAGGCUGGUCUCCUUGUACUUCGAUACCAAGAGGUACCAAGAAGCUCUGCAGCUGGGCUCCCAGCUUCUUCGGGAGCUGAAGAAGAUGGACGACAAGGCGCUGCUGGUGGAAGUGCAGCUCUUGGAAAGUAAGACCUACCACGCCCUGAGCAACCUGCCAAAAGCAAGAGCAGCCUUAACCUCUGCACGGACUACAGCCAACGCCAUCUACUGCCCACCCAAGCUGCAGGCAGCGUUGGACAUGCAGUCAGGUAUUAUCCACGCAGCAGAGGAGAAGGACUGGAAAACAGCCUAUUCCUAUUUUUAUGAGGCGUUUGAGGGAUAUGAUUCAAUUGACAACCCAAAAGCCAUCACUGCGCUGAAAUACAUGUUGCUGUGCAAAAUCAUGCUGAACAUCCCAGAAGAUGUGCAGGCAUUAGUGAGUGGAAAGCUUGCUCUGCGGUAUGCAGGAAGACAGACAGAAGCACUAAAAUGUGUGGCACAGGCCAGUAAGAACCGAUCGCUGGCAGACUUUGAGAAGGCUCUGACAGACUACAAGGUGGAGCUCAGGGACGACCCCAUCAUAAACACACACUUGGCUAAGCUGUAUGAUAAUUUAUUGGAACAGAAUCUGAUCAGAGUCAUCGAACCCUUCUCCAGAGUACAGAUUGAACACAUAUCAAGCCUCAUCAAGCUCUCAAAGGCCGAGGUAGAAAGGAAACUGUCACAGAUGAUCUUGGACAAGAAGUUUCAUGGCAUCCUCGACCAGGGGGAGGGAGUCCUCAUCAUCUUCGACGAGCCCCCCGUAGACAAGACGUACGAAGCCGCCCUCGAGACCAUCCAGAACAUGAGUAAAGUAGUGGAUUCGCUCUACAACAAAGCCAAGAAGCUGACAUAGAGCUGAAUUUGCUAGCUGUCAUUUGGAGAGUGUGUGUGACAGGAGAGUGAAACCUUUGGGAAAAUGUUAGGAGACUCUUUUUUUUUUUUUUUUUUUUCUCUCUUUGUUCUACUUUUCGCUCGGAAAGUUUUUAAACUUCCUCAUCAGUGCAUCCUGUACUCCAUACGAUGCGUGUUCCAGUUCCCAUGUAACCUUUACUGGCCGAACUUUGUAUCUGGGGGGGGGAAAUAUUGUUUAAACAAAGAGGGUAUUCUAAAUAAAAGGAAAAAGGCUUACACUACCUAAA